UCGCUUCCCGUACCGGGGCGUUAGCAUGACAGUACGCGCUUCUUCAGCAUCACAACAGAGAUGUUUGAGCAGCAGCAGCGCCUCGGUUUUGUUUCGUGAACUCAUUUACAGUUCGUGAGAAGUCGUUUUUAUUAUAUCCUCUGGACUGAGUUGGUGUCGUUAUCUGUAAUUUUACCACAGCCCGUCAUUUCUCAAGCUGUAACUUUCACUCGAAGCUGUUUCUUCUGCCGGGCAUGGAUGCUAAUCUCAGCUAGUCAGCUAACAACUCUGUAAACAAACAAACAAACAAACAAACAAACACUGUGUCUGACAAAAUGGCCUUAUCGGAGACAGAGAGCGGGUGUUCAGGCGGUGAAGGAGAGGCGGACGCUAUUGUCGAGGCGUCUUUGUUGGGGAGCUUCAGCGAGAGCAGCGAGACCAGAGCUCUGAUGUGCAGCCUGCCGGAGGUCCACGGAGACACGCUGACAAGCGAGUCCGCCACAGAGAGGUUCCUGGUGAUAAUGAACAGAUAUCAAGAGCAGCCUCAUCUGCUGGACCCACACUUAGAAUGGAUGGUGAACAUAAUACUGGACUUUGUGAGGAGUGAGCAGUCUUCCCCAUCAUUGGUCCAUUUGAGCUUCAGGUUUCUCUACAUCAUCUGUAAGGUCAGAGGAUAUAAAGUCUUCAUGCAGCUUUUUCCCCAUGAGGUGGCAGAUGUCCAGCCAGUCCUGGACCUGCUGUCCAGGCAGGAUCCCACGGACUCUGAGACUUGGGAAACUCGCUACAUGCUGUUGUUAUGGCUGUCCAUGACCUGCCUUAUACCUUUUGACCUGUAUCGUCUGGAUGGCCAUCUGGAGUCAGAAGGCAGCAAGGCCACAGUGCCCAUCAUGGACCGCAUACUAGCCAUUGCAAAGUCUUAUCUACUCGUCAGUGAUAGUCCCAGGGAUGCUGCAUCUGUACUAGUGUCAAAGUUCAUGACACGCCCUGAUGUGAAACUGAAGUGCCUCGGAGACUUUUUAGAUUGGAGCCUCACAACUGUCUCCCAGACAAGUGACCAAUCAAUGAGAGACAUCAUGAUGCUCGAUGGUGCUCUGCAGUCUCUGGCGAAGCUUUUCAAACAUGGAAAACGAGAUGACCUCCUGCAAUAUGCUCCUACAGUUCUGCAGUGUCUGGAACAGAAACAUCUGUCAGAGAGCAGCCAGGCCACGCUGAGGAAGCUUGGUGUCAAACUAAUCCAGAGGCUUGGCCUUACCUUCCUGAAGCCACGUUUGGCUGCUUGGAGGUACCAGAGAGGCAACCGCUCCCUAGCUGCAAACCUCUCCAUGUCGCAGUCUGCUACAACCACAGCCGCUGUGACUCCUGAAAUGGAGACCCAAGAACAGGAGGAGGACUACGACAUUCCUGAGGAGGUGGAGACUGUUAUUGAGCAACUGCUGGGCGGACUGAAAGAUAAAGAAACAAUCGUGCGCUGGUCUGCAGCAAAGGGCAUUGGGAGGGUAACUGGGAGGCUUCCCAAGGAGCUGGCAGAUGAGGUGGUUGGAUCAGUGCUGGAUUGCUUCAGCUUUCAGGAGACGGACAAUGCUUGGCAUGGAGGCUGUCUGGCACUGGCAGAGCUUGGUAGGAGAGGCCUGCUGCUGCCUUCCAGGUUGACAGAUGUUGUUCCGCUCAUUAUCAAAUCUCUGACCUACGAAGAAAAGAGGGGAGCGUGCAGCGUUGGUUCCAAUGUGCGAGAUGCUGCCUGCUACGUGUGCUGGUCAUUCGCCAGGGCUUACGAACCCAAAGAGCUGAAGCCUUUUGUCACUCAGAUCGCCAGAGCUCUGCUGAUCACAACUGUGUUUGACAGAAAUGUCAACUGCCGCAGAGCUGCAUCUGCUGCCUUCCAGGAGAAUGUCGGCAGACAGGGCACAUUUCCUCAUGGCAUUGACAUUGUGACAGCAGCAGACUACUAUGCUGUGGGGAAUCUCAACAACUGCUAUCUAAACAUUAGUGUCUACAUAGCCAGUUUCCCAGAGUACACCAAGGCCAUGAUAGAUCAUUUGAUAUCCAUGAAGAUUAACCACUGGGAUGGUGUGAUCCGCGAGCUCUCUACUAAAGCGCUACAUAACCUGACGCCUCAAGCGCCUGAUUAUAUGGCAACAACAGUUCUGCCACAGCUGUUGCCCAUGGCAGUGGGUAUUGACCUCCAAGGUCGCCAUGGAGCCAUUCUGGCAUGUGCAGAGAUCACGCACGCUCUGUACAAACUGGGCCUUCAGACCAACAGGACUGUGGUGGACAUUAUUUCUCCAGAAUGUGUGGAUGCAUUAAAAAACAUACACCAGAAGCUGCAUGACAGAAAACAGUACAGGGGCUUUGGUGGAGAGCUAAUGAGGCCAGCAAUGUGCGGUCUUAUAGAAAAGCUGUCCUUGUCCAAAAUGCCCUUUAAGAACGAUCCUGUAAUCACUGGCUGGCAGUGGCUCAUCGACGACACCAUAAAGACUCUUCAUCUCGUUUCUAGCGGAGUGAAGGACAGCGUCAUGGGCGCAGUGGUAUCGGCCUUGUCUGCCUUGUGUGAGGAGUACUACCAGUCCGAGCCAGGCCAGGCUGACUCACAAAUUCAGGAUGUCCUGGUAUCUCAGUACACUGAAGGGCUGAAGAGUCCGCAGAUGCUCACUCGUUGUGGAUCUGCCCUCGCUCUCGGCUGUCUGCCGAGAUUUAUGAUCCACGGCAAACUGAAGCAGAUCCUAGAUGGCCUCCAGCAGAUGUGCACUGUCAGCCAGAAGGAGGGGACUUUUACUGAGGCGAGGAGAGACGCAGUCAAAGCGAUUGCUCAAGUGUGUCUGAAGGCGGGUGUUUGUGCCAACGGCUCCCUAGACUCCAACCUGUGCUCAGAGAACGUGUCCGAGGUUUAUGGCACACUGCUCGACAGCAUGAAUGACUACACUACAGACAGCAGAGGGGACGUAGGGGCCUGGGUGAGAGAGGCAGCAAUGACUAGUCUGAUGGAGGUGACUAUGCUGGUGGCGGGCAGUGCUCCAGAGAUCCUUUCACCAGACCUAGUGAAGUGCAUGAUGUGCUGCUUGGCCCAGCAGGCAGCAGAGAAGAUCGACCGCUACAGAGCGCACGCUGGUAACAUCUUCCUGAGCCUCCUCCACAGCACAGAGCCUGCAGUACUUCACAUUCCCCACAGAGAGGAGUUGUUGACAAUAUUUCCUGUUACGACCAUGACUAGUUUGAACUGGAAUGCUCCAUCCCAAGCUUUCAAGUAUAUCACUGAGCUGCUGAGACUGCCUCAGUAUCAGCGCCACACCCUGCUGGGCCUCACUGUGUCUGUUGGAGGGAUCACAGAGUCCACAGUGCAGUUUUCUUCCCAGUGGCUGUUUCACUAUCUGAGAGGGAUCGAGAAAAAUAAUGCCGCUCUGGAACAGUUUGGAGAGACGCUGCUGAUCAUCUUCAGAGACAAUCUCCGCAAUGACAGGGUGUCUGUUCCUUUUCUUAAGAUGCUCAAUCAGAUCCUGGCAAACAGCUGCUUUGAAAUCUUCACCACACAAGAGAAUCAUCCAUUCUGUGGGGAGCUUUUGACUCUUUUCAAAGAGUUCAAGAGAACCAAAGAUAUUUCCAAGCUGCGCGCCUGCGUAACUGUCUUCUGUGGGCUGAUCCAGUUCCAGGGUGAGGUGAGGAAGAAAGUUUUGUCUCAGCUGCUGAUGCUACUCUGCCACUCUUUCCCUGUGAUCAGGAAGACCACGGCCAGCCAGAUGUACGAGAUGCUGCUGACCUACGAUGACGUCAUAGAUCCAGAAGUGUUGGAUGAUGUCAUGAACGUGCUCAGUGAUACUAACUGGGAGAGUGAUCUCGCAACAGUGCGGACACACAGGAAUCAGCUUUGUGAUUGGUUGGGAGUCUCCAGGCCGCAGCUGAAGAGCCCCGUCCAGGCUCCCUAAUCACCUGAGGCUGCAGAAAUCAAGAAUUAAGAAUAGACUGUGAAAAUUUCUCUUCAGAAGCGUCCCUGAAUCUCUUUGUUUGUCACAUGAAACAAAUUCAAAUCUGAUCUUUGCAUGACAAUAAAUGGACAAAAACAGCUAGUCAUAUAAAAUGGAUAAAAACAAAUAGCCAUUUCCCGUUUUGUUGUUAUUUUUGUUCAACACAUCUGUGUAAAGCUUUCAUUGUAGUGACCUUUCUCACCUGUUUACCUGUCUCAUUCAGGCCACAGUGUAGUGAGUCUUUAGAAAUCUGUCUUCUGUAGUGCUGUUUACUUGUAAUCCGUACCUGGAACAACACCGAUAGUUGAAACUGAAACUGUAGUUUGCGUACACUCCAGGGAAACGCAUGCCAUUUAGUCUUUGCACAAACCAUGGAAUGUCACUGCAGCCGGGCAUCCCCUUGGGUCUCACGCAGACCUACUUUUUCCACAUCAGUGGAGGUGGCAGGGACUGGAGGAGUCCCAGGCCUGAUAGUGAACCCUCCCUGUGGGACUGAGUCAGAUCCUGACUUUGUUAUUAGAGUCUGAUAGUGGUCACAUUGUCUUAGCCAGACAAAGAUAAUAAUAAAGAUAAUAAAGAAUAAGAUUGUUUAUCAUAAUACUUAAUCAGCAAUAUAGGCCAACUCUGCUCUCAGCUGUUAAAUCCUGAACAGAACCAGUUCAAGAGCCAAAGCUCGUUUGGUGUAAAAGUUGUACUCCUGGUGCACACUUCUCCUCCUAUUUCCCAUUAAGAGCCACGAUUCCAGUGUUGUUCUGUGUCAUUCAUUUGACCUCUGCUUACUAUCGAACUGCAAAAGUUUUGUUUCGAUAAUUUCGAUCUCAUAGUUUAUUUCCAUUGCAAACUUUGUAGUAUUUUUUAUUAAAAUAAUGAGUAAGGAUCAUUUCAAAAACCGAUGAGAUUCCUCCGUGUACGACUAGAAGAAGUUUACAUUCCACCAGUGGUACUUGCACCACAGUUUGGGAACCAAUAGUGCAUUACGUUCUGUGUAAUAUGAUUAAUUUAACUUGGUUUAUCCUUUCCCAUUAAAUGUGCAGUGUAUUUGGACGCUCAUUAAACUGGGAAACUGGC